AUGCAGCAAACUAUUACAAUAACUUCACUAUUUAAUACAAAUGAACAUCCUAUACAAUUCAAUUUUUCAUCUCGUCUUCGAUUGACUCGACAUCUCGUUCAUAUAACAAUUUUCAUUGUAUUCAUAUCUAUUCUCGCAUUUAUUGGUCAUUGGCGUCUUUCUGCUCGAAAAUGCAAUCAAUCUUUAUCUUAUUUUUCUCGUUUUAUUAUCUCUAUUGGCAUUGUUAGCCUUGUGCUCAACGAUCUCCUAAUCGUGAAUGGUAUCACUCAUCCACCAUGGUGUUAUAUCCAUCAAAUAAUACUCCAUUGUCUUUUAACAAUAAUAGUCACUGGACAUUUACUACCGGAUUUUUACUCUUACUACACCAGUCGAUUCUCUCAACAACGUGAUUCGGAUAAAUUAAAAUCUGCUGUUAUAUUCAUGUUCAUGCUUUUUCUUAUUACUCAAUUGAUUCUCAUGAUUCAGUGGUCUGAUCUAUGGGAUAAGAAUUCAUUAGAUCGACCGAUUCUCUGUCUUGGCAAUGUUCGUCCACAAUUAUUAAUUCUUCUUCUUCAUAUUCUUGAUUUUAUUUCUAUUAUUCAAACAAUCCGCUCGUCUUCAUUCACUAAUGAGAUCAAUCUAAUCCAUGAAAAGCUCCUUGAAUUGAAUAGUAUUCUUUUGCGUAUAUGUUAUUUUUUCGGUACAUCGGUUCUCCAAAUAUUCUUCUUGCCAGGCGAGUUCUCCGGUACUCUCUAUAGUGCAAUACUCGUCAUUGAAUACACGCUGAAAUAUUUCGUUCGGACACUCUAUCAUUCCAAUGAGAAAUACGAAAUAAAUAUGAUUGGUCUUGACAAUAAUGAUAUACCAUAUUUACGUUUACAAAGUGAAGAUGUUGGUGAUGAUACACGAUUGCUCAAUGAUAUUAACUAA